AUGUCACUUUUUCGUUAUCAUGAAUUUAUUUCUCAUACAUCUUCUGAAGCAACAACUAUAGAUGUUGGUUUUUUAUUAGGUAAAAGAGAUGUUGUUGCGAUUGGUUCAUUAAAUGGUACAUUAUCAAUUCUUGAUCCAGGAAUUGAUAUAGAAAAUAGAUCUACAAAAGCAUUAAUUUUUGAAGAACUUUUGGAAUAUCCAAUAUUACAAUUAUGUGUUGGAAAAUUUUUAUCUUCUCUAACACAAGAUCUAUUGGCUUGUCUUCAUCCAAAAUUUUUAACAUUUUAUAGGAUAUUUGAAAUGUCUGAAAAUAUUUAUAGUAUUGAAAAAGUUAUGGAACAUAAAUUACCAUCACAUGGAUAUAAUAUGUGUGUAGGAAAAUUUGGAAAAAGUAAUGAUGAUCAAAUAUGUGUUCAAACUUUAAAUUGUUCUUUAUCGGUAUAUGAAACUGAACAUUUUAUUUUUACAAGACCACUUCAUGAUGGUUUACAUCCAGGACCAAUAUGUUAUACAGAGGAAAAUGAUAGUAUUCUUAUUGCAAAUGGACAUUUAUUAUCAUCAAUUAAAUUUCAAACAUUAGCUUCAGCUUCAAGUAUUGUAACACAAGGAAAAAAAGAAUUAUCACAUGAUUGGUGUGUAAAUCUUGGAGAUACAGCUAUUGAAAUGAUUGUUGCUGAAACAUCACCUGUUCAACCAUCUGUAUUAAUUUUAUGUAAAAGACUUUUAUACUGUUUUACAGUAUCAGGAAAUCUUCGUUAUAUUAUAAGAUUUGACUAUAUUGCUUUAUGUUUAAAAACAUAUGAAUUUCUUUCAGAUUCAUAUAUAAGAUUUUGCAUUGGUACAUCUACAAAAAAUCUUCUUUUUUAUAUGGAUACUAAACUUAUGUGGUCGACACAAUUAGAUUUUAUUCCAAUAUCUAUUAGAGUAGCAACAUUUACAGAAAGAUACAGAAGUAUGAUAACAGUAUUAUCAGAUGAAGGAAAAUGUUCAACAAUUUACCUUGGAACUGAACCACAUCUUUUUAAAUUUUCUGUCUCUGAAAAUAGGUUUAUUGAUUUUGAAGAACGAAAACAAGAAUUAAAGGAAUAUGAAACACAAAUAAAAUUGUUGACAGAAAAAGAUGAAAAUGAUGUUAUCAUAAAGGCUGAUGAUGAUUUAUCAACUCCUAAAGAAAUGUUUAUGGUAAAAUUUGAAGAAGAUUUUGAUAAUAAUGAUAAGAAAAACAAAAAGACAUGUUUUCUUUAUGUAAGUGGUAACAAUUUAAAAACCCAAAUAUUUGUAAAAUCGCAAAUGGGAAUUAUCAAAGAUGAAAUUUUUGCUUCAGGAACAAUUGAUAAACAUGAAAUAAAUUUUGAUAAUGAUAAAAUUUCUGUUACUGAUACAAAAGUUAGUUUUUUUGGUAUUUUUGAAAAUGGAAAAUGCAUGGUUACCUAUUCAUAUGUUCCAUUAAAUCUUAUUUGUCGAACAGUAACACCACAAAGAAAUGCAAACUUUAAGUUAAGCUUCGAUUCUAAAUAUACAGCAUUACCUUUAUCUAAAAUCUUUGAUGAAUUUGAAUUUGACAAUCAAUAUCAGGUAGCAUUUCAAAUGUUAAAUUCAGAAGUUUGUGUUUCUAUUUUUAUUGCCAAAUCUUCAAACAGAUAUCGUGUUCAAAGUAACUCAACAGAAUAUCUUUAUUUAUUUGUAAAUGAAUUAAAUAGAAGAAUUUCAUUACAUUAUGAUGAUCCAAAUUUACGUUGUGCAAUUCCUCUUGAAAUGUUUACAGAUGACAUAUGUAGAUUAGUUUCCAAAGAAGGUGUAAUAAAUGAAGUUAAGAAAAAACUUGAAAAAUAUACUAUACAAUUUAGACAUUCGCAAAUGCUAUUUCUGACAAAGUUAAAGAGUGAUCGUGAAGAGAUUGAAAGUCAUGUUCAAAUGUAUUUAGAUUAUUGUUAUAAACAAUUACAUUCUGAAUUAGAUAAACUUAUAUCACUUGAAGAAGAAAGACAAGAGCUUAUAAAAGAUUUAAUACCACUUUUAAAUUUAUUUUCCCUUCUUAUGAAAAUGAAUGGUGUUGAUUUAAUAUUUGAUGGUUCUAUACUUGAAUCUUCAAAUCAAGAUUUUAGUUUAUUAUUUGGUACUUUAUUAUCAACACAAAAAGGUACACCCAUUCAAGAAUCAUAUGAUUCUAUAUCAAUAAGAAAAUUAAUGGAUUCAUUAUAUAAUUCAGAUGGUUUUCUUACAGGAAUCAUUGAAGAGGAAGAAAAUGAAUUAGAAGAGGAAGAAGAAGAGAAACUUAAUAUUGAGGAACAAUUUGAAUUUUCUAACUUACAAUCAGGUUCAAUGAAAGUAAUUCAAACAGAAUAA